GCUCCCGUCACAUCCCGGAAGAUUUUCGAUCGCAGGAGAUCCGGCAGUAGGCACUGGCCGUCUCGCCUCUACAGCCAUGUCCGGAUACGAUACGAAUCCCUUCGCGGACCCGGUGGACGUGAAUCCAUUCCAGGAUCCUUCUGUGACACAGAUUACAGCUGGCAACCAUGGCAGUGUGGAAGAAUUUAACCCAUUCACUGAAGGUUCUCAUCUGACAAAUCCCAAUCAGAAAACCAUCCCAGUUCAGCCUGCUACUCAAUCCCAGCCUGCCGUGCUCCAACCCUCAGUUGACAGUACAUCACAGGCUGCAGCAAUGGCUGCUCAAACAGGACUUCUACAACAACAGGAAGAGCUGGAGCGGAAAGCAGCAGAGUUGGACAGGAAGGAGCAAGAGAUGAGGAAUGUAAAUAUUAACUUAAGACAGAACAAUUGGCCCCCACUUCCUCCAAAAUGCCCCAUUAAGCCAUGCUUCUAUCAGGACAUUUCUGUCGAUAUUCCUGCAGAUUAUCAACGUACCUGCAAAAUGCUCUACUAUCUAUGGAUGUUACACACAUUCACCCUAUUCCUUAAUCUAUUGGCCUGCCUUUCUUACUUUACUGCUGUGUCCACCGGAGGGGUGGAUUUCGGCCUGUCCAUUCUGUGGUUUGUUAUGUUCACCCCUUGUGCCUUUCUUUGCUGGUAUCGGCCCAUCUACAAAGCAUUCAGGACAGACAGUUCCUUCAGCUUCUUUUUGUUCUUCAUCAUCUUCUUCUGCCAGAUUGUCAUUUACAUUAUCCAAGCAGUUGGAAUACCAGGCUGGGGAGACAGUGGUUGGAUAAUGGCUCUUACAAUGAUUAAAUCAAAUGUUGCCGUCACAGUUAUAAUGAUGGUAGUGGCUUCCUUCUUUACGGUCUGCAGUGUAUUCUCACUAGUCCUGCUCAAGAGGGUUCAUUCCAUGUAUCGUAGAACAGGCGCCAGCUUUCAGAGAGCGCAAGAGGAAUUCUCACAAGGAAUUCUCGCCAACCGCAAUGUUCAGAAUGCUGCUGCAGGCGCUGCCACUGCUGCUGCUAGAGGAGCUUUCCAAGGAAACUAGUCCCCAGUAUUUUCUUCUGUAUUGACACAACACAGUUACAUAAGAGGGAUAUAUGGUUUCUGCUUAGAUCAAGCCUUUAUCUGUUUAUCAUGUUACCAAUGGCAGAAUGCAGCACUCCCAAUCUUGCCCAUCUCCCAAUGGAAAAAGAGACUAUAAAAUUAUAUAUAUGUAUAUAUAUAUAUGGAAAUAUGGAAAUUUCCUUGCUGUGUUUUCUUUAUCUUUCUGACGCUUAAUUCUCUCUAUCUUGUUACUUGCAUUCCAUGGAAAUGCAGUUUAGUUGAACAUUUUUUCUGUUUUAAAACUCCUUACCUGAAGUUAUUAUCUGGAAACGUUAUGGCUUGUACAGGAUCUUGGAUAAAUGGUUGUGAAAUUUUUUUUCCUGCAUUUUGGAUCUGUGCUGAAACUUCUUGGUUUGCCAUGCUUGUGAAUGGAAUUGUUUCAUUUUGCUGCAAUAACGUUUAGCUGGACAUGUGAGACCAGCAGACAUUUUAAAUUCCAGCCCCAUAGCAAACAUAAUUUUAUAUAAUUAUCAUAUUUUUUUUUAAAGCUGAGCUAAGAGUUUUCAAAAAUGUUUUCUGGUUUGAAUUAAAGGACAAGGAAAGUCUAAAAUAGA